ACUCCGCGGACGGAGCAGAGUGGGGGGAAAACAAGGAAAAGUAACUCAAGAGGGACAAAACUCAUGGUGGCGGUGCACGGUCUUUAUACUAGGAAUGGGAAUGUUUUGCUUUCGGGACUACAGUCUGCAACUAAACUGCUGGACCUGCUGCAAGGAUUAUCCAUCGGCGUCUGGGUGCAUUUUAAAGUUGGAUUUGGAUAACCGUGCUCUUUAAAGUCUUCUUUUUUUGGUGUGCAAACAAAAAUUGGCGGCCAUGCAAAGAAUGUAGCGUUAUAAUAACUUUUUUGUUGUUGUUGGCCAGACUGGGAAUCACACUUUUAUUUUAUUUUUUUAAUUUAUCAGCGCGCGUCGGACACUCGGGAGGAGAAAGUUAGAAGUGUGUUCUAACUUCUAAAUGACUCAACUUGUGGUUUCGUUAACGAAUACACUUCCGCGGAGCAAGACGUUGGACAUGUUUUAAAUAAAGGUGUGUUUUCUAAUAUUAAUACUAAUAUUCCAAUUUCCGAGGGAGAGAACUCGGCACCAUUGAAACUGGAUACAAAAUGGCGGCGUCCCCGGGACGAUUUGGAUAUACUUCUCCUUGUGUUUUUUACUUCUAUUUUUCACUCCAACUUUUAACCAAUCUUGGAUUGAGUUCCGAGUUACAGUGUGUCCAAAACUGUACCUGCAACGGAGAUUCGGUGGACUGCAGCAAUUUACAGCUGACAGCUGCGCCUGUGGACCUGCCCGUCCGGACAGUUUCCUUAAAUCUUGGCCACAACAAGCUUACUGCCAUCGAUGUGAAAGUGUUUGCCGACCUGCCCAAUUUACGAGAGCUGCGGUUGGACCACAAUGAGCUGACCUCCAUACCAGAUUUAGGACAAGCAGCCUCUAAGAUUGUAUCACUCUACCUACAUCAUAACAAAAUCAGUAGUUUUGAGGGUUUACAGACCGGAGACCUAGUUUCUUUGGAGACCUUGGACCUGAGCAAUAAUGACAUCACUGAACUACGAGGACCCUCCUUUCCUGCAGGCCUCCAGAUUAGAGAUUUGUACCUAAGCAACAACAAGAUCAGUGCUUUAGAGCUAGGAGCACUGGACCAUCUAGGCUCCACUCUCCAAGUCCUGAGAUUGAGCCGAAACCGCAUCAGUCAAAUCCCCGUGAGGGCAUUCCAGCUCCCGAGGCUCACCCAGCUAGAGCUGAACCGGAAUCGUAUUCGUCAAGUCGAGGGUUUGACCUUUCAGGGCCUUUCGAGCUUGGAGGUGUUGAAGCUGCAAAGGAAUGGUAUCGGCAAACUGACUGAUGGUGCUUUUUGGGAUCUUGCCAAGAUGAAAGUCCUCCACCUGGACUACAACAGCCUGACAGAGGUGAACAGUGGAUCGCUGUAUGGCCUGACUUCUCUUCAGCAGCUUUUCCUCAGCUACAACUUCAUAACCCGCAUCAAUCCUGAUGGCUGGAAGUUCUGCCAGAAGCUGAGGGAACUGAAUCUGUCACACAACAACCUGACUCGUCUGGAUGAAGGCAGUCUGGCUGUGCUGGGGGAUCUCCACACCCUCCGUCUGGGGCACAACUCAAUAAGCCACAUUGCCGAACGAGCCUUCAAAGGCCUCAGGGCUGUGCGCAACCUGGAGCUGGACCAUAACGACAUCUCCGGCACAAUAGAGGAUACCAACGGGGCCUUCUCUGGAUUGGAUAGCCUGAGCAAGCUAACUCUGUUUGGAAACAAGAUCAAGUCAGUGGCAGAGAAAGCCUUUGCUGGCCUAGAGACCCUGGAACACAUGAACUUGGGAGAAAAUGCCAUUCGCUCAAUUCAGCCUGAUGCUUUUAGCAAGAUGAAGAACCUCAAAACUCUUCUCAUCCAGAGCGACAGCUUCCUGUGCGACUGCCAGCUCCACUGGCUGCCUGAGUGGGUGGUGACUCGUGGUUUACAGGCUGGUGUCAAUGCCACAUGUGCCCACCCUCAAAGCCUUAAGGGUACCAGCGUUUUUCAGGCUCCAGCCAGCAGUUUUGUGUGUGAUGAUCUUCCCAAGCCUCAGAUCACAGUUCAGCCAGAAACCACCAUCACAGUUCUGGGAAGCAACGUGCGUCUUACCUGUACGGCUGCGAGCAGCAGCUCCUCGCCUAUGACCUUCGCCUGGCGCAAGGACCAGGAGCUGCUUCGCCAGGCCGAGACGGAGAACUAUGCCCACAUCCGCGCCCACCACCACGAUACGGCAUCUGAUGGGACCGGCGGAGGCGCUGGAAGCGUGAUGGAGUACACCACCAUUCUGCACCUGCGGCAUGUCACCUUUGCACACGAGGGACGUUACCAGUGCAUCAUCACCAACCACUUUGGCUCUACCUACUCCAGCAAGGCCGGCCUCAUCGUCAACGUGCUGCCAUCUUUCGUAAAGACUCCCAGGGACAGCACCAUCAGGAUGGGCCAAACCGCCAGGCUGGAGUGUGCCGCCGAGGGCCACCCGGCGCCGCAGAUUGCCUGGCAGAAGGAUGGGGGCACCGAUUUCCCCGCCGCCCGCGAGCGGCGAAUGCACGUCAUGCCUGACGACGAUGUGUUCUUCAUUACGGAAGUCAAGCCGGAAGACACGGGCGUGUACUGCUGCACCGCCAAAAACACGGCGGGAACCGUGUCCGCUAACGCCACGCUCACCGUACUAGAAACCCCGCACCUGGUCCAGGACCUGGAGAACCGCAGCGUGGCGGUAGGCGACACGGUGGCUCUGCAGUGCAAAGCGCUGGGCAGCCCGCCGCCCCGCAUCACCUGGCAGCACAACGACCAGCCCCUGCGCCCCUCCGACAGACACCACUUCACCCCCGGCAACCAGCUGCUGGUCAUCGGCGCCGCGUCGCUGGAAGACGCCGGCCGCUACACCUGCCUCAUGUCCAACAUGCUGGGCACGGAGCGAGCUCACAGCCACCUGGUGGUGACUCUGCGCCGCAGUCCCUGUGCGCCGCCGGCUGGGCUGAGUACGGUCACGAUUGGCAUCAUUGUCAUCGCCGUGGUGACCAGUAUCGUGGUGACUUCCCUGGUGUGGGUGUGCAUCAUCUACCAGACCAGGAAAAAGAGUGAGGAUUGCAGCGUCACCAACACAGAUGAGACAAUUGUUCCCCCCGACGUGCCGAGCUACCUCUCCUCUCAGGGAACUCUGUCCGAGCGUCAGGACGUUUGUAUCCGAGUGGAGCCCGCAAGUGGACCUCAGCCCAACGGACACGUCGUAGAAUCAUCAGGCUUCGACGCUCCGGCGCUGUGCUCAGACUGCAUGGAGACGGGCAACCGGUACUCCAAAGACCUGGACUACCAGACGCACGACUUCGCCCCGGCGAAAGUCACCGAGUACCACCAGCACGCCGCGCCCCCGCCUUACUCCCACUGCUACCCGGAAGAGCACCCGUCAGCGCCACCGCUCUGUAACGGCGUCCGAAAUGACUCUCAAGGAUUUUCCGACCACCCCGAUGCAGCGAGCAAUGCGGGAGGAACGUCGUCGGCGUACUCGUCAAAGGAGGAUUCUUAUCACCCUCCGGUGAAGCUGACGAGCCGCGGACACGUCGACGGCGACCCCGAGCUCAGACUGACUCUUUUAUCUAACGGACACGCCCUCGGAGCGUCGCCCGAUGAGAGCGCCCCCCUGAGGAGAGCCAGCGACUAGCAGCCGGACUUUUCUUCCUUUUUGCACUGGGACAUAAACUGCUACCUCAUAUCGAGGUGAAAACGGUACCUCCGAGAUCUUUUGGGGGGGGCGGGGCGGGGCAUCCGGAGUUUGAAGGCGGAGCUUGUGUGGGUGGCGUCCCAUCUGAGCGUUACGUACUGUACAUAUUUAAGCAACCUUCCGUUGGGAGGUGACCAGUAAAAAUACAAAAAUGUGACUUGCAUUUGGAGCGUGUAAAAUGUACAGUAUGUGAACGUGCAGGGACAGACUGUACAUAAGAGUAUUCUUAUAUUAUAUAUUAUAUCACUUUUACAAAACAAACAAAACAAAAACAAAACAAAACAAAAAAAAAGAGUAUUUGGAUUUAUGUGCAUGACAAAGAAAGGAGUGUUUAUUUUUCUUCAAAAAAAAAACAAAAAAACUGCCCUUUUCAGCUUUUUACCAACAAUCAGCUGCGGUGCUUUUGUUGCAUGUCAAAGAAAACAACUUUGUUGAGAGUGCAAAUAAACGUUGAAGUCAUCCAGUUGGUCACUUCUGUGCACACAUGAUGCUCCUUUGUGUCUGUGGGGGUCUCGGGAGGACCAGCUCUGGUCUUGGGGAGCCAAACUAAAACACUUUGGGCCUGAUGUACUAACAUCCAAACUGCGUAUUACGUGUGAUUUACUAAGACUGUGUGUACAAAUGAUAACAAAAGUGGUGCGGACCGCCUUACUUAAAUGAGGAUUUUGUGUGUACUACACGGUCGUCACCAUGGAGACACUCAUUUCCCUGCACAUUCUUGUUAUCCUACCAGUGGCGUUUUGCUAUGCAGCAGACACGGACCACUUUUUAUGGGCAUUUUAGGAAAAAGUCCUGCAGUGCAUUUACAUUGGAACCCACUUUUAACACGCUGAUGGAAGACGCUGGUACUAAGUGCGAAUGUUCCAGACACAAGACAUUUUUUCUUUUCACAUACCGUAUUUUUCGGAGUAUAAGUCGCAACGGCCGAAAAUGCAUAAUAAAGAAGGAAAAAAACAUAUAUAAGUCGCACUGGAGUAUAAGUCGCAUUUUUGGGGGGAAACUUAUUUGAUGAAAACCCAACACCAAGAAUAGACAUUUGAAAGGCAAUUUAAAAUAAAUAAAGAAUAGUGAACAACAGGCUGAAUAAGUGGACGUUAUAUGAUGCAUAAAUAACCAACUGAGAAUGUGCCUGGUAUGUUAACGUAACAUAUUAUGGUAAGAGUCAUUCAAAUAACUAUAACAUAUAGAACAUGCUAUACGUUUACCAAACAAUCUGUCACUCCUAAUCGCUAAAUCCCAUGAAAUCUUAUACGUUUAGUCUCUUACAUGAAUGAGCUAAAUAAUAUUAUUUUGAUAUUUUACGGUAAUGUGUUAAUAAUUUCACACAUAAGUCGCUCCUGAGUAUAAGUCGCACCCCUGGCCAAACUAUGAAAAAAACUGUGACUCAUAGUCCGAAAAAUACGAUAGAAGUUAACUCUUCUAUGGAAAAAAAAAAAAAAAAAACGCCAGCAGACACCAAAACGCACCAAUUUUAAUUUGUUUUAAUCAGCCCCUGAAGUCAUCCAGCUUCUGUAAAAUUAGAAAAUAAUAUUGCUGAAAUGACAAUAUGUCUAAUAUUUUUAUUAGACAUAUUGGCGCCUUUCUCGCAGCUAUUUACGCAAUACUGCCGGUUUGCGUGUCCUUUCUAGACGCACUAAAUAUUGACACAAAACAGUCUUGAUAAAUCACAUUGCGCGUGCUAAAUACUUCAUUUGCAUGUUCUCCUCACAGUAUUGUGUGUGUUCUGACCGUCAGCGCAUAAUCUGCAUAGUCACGCUAAAUGGAUUGCACUCCUUAUUUUGCUCACCAUCGUUUACUAGAUCGGCUUUGCGCGUGCAGUCGAGUUUGCACAUGUUUUAGUGCACGCAAACCUUACAGUGGAUCAGGCCCUUUGUGUUUGCUCCCUUUUUAAACACUUCACCUCGAUCUGCUGCUGCUAAAAAAAAAAAAAAGGUUGAAAGUGAACUUUUGUGUUCUUUUUGUUGCAGCUGUAAAGUCAUCCAACACAUUAACACACAACACACACACACAAUCUGAACUGUGACCCAUGGAUUGAUGCACAUGUCAUAACCAGGUCACAUGACCAGUGAUGUGAGAAGCAGGUAUAUAUAAAGGGACAAACGACUAAAGUAAUUUAUUAAUAAAACACAUUAAAUGUCAGCGUUGGGGAAAAAAAUAAAUGGCAAAGUUUCUUAUCAUGACAUGGAAGUGUGUAAUAA